AUGGCGCUGUGGAGUCUCUACUUGCUGCUUGUGAUCCCUGCAGUGGCUGCAUUCCUUAUAUCGUCAAAAAGAAAGAGUGGCUCCAUGCAAACACCACCAGGCAAUCGAGGCUUGCCCAUUCUUGGCGAGACAAUACAACUUCUGCGAGGCACAGCUGAGGAUUUCGUUUUCCAGCGUCGCAAGAGAUUUGGGGACAUUUUUUCGGCUCACUUGUUCGGACGUCAAAGUAUUGUUAUCAGUACUCCCGAAGCUGUAAAGUUUUUCCUCACAAAUCCUGGAGCAAGGAAUUGUUGCUCCCCUUCAAACUCGGGCUUCUUGAUUGUCGGAAAAGAAAGUGUGGGAUAUGUGGAAGGAGCAACACAUGCAAGAUAUCACCGAGCAAUACUGAGCUCCAUGAGUGGUGAUGCUCUCAAGAAUCAUGUCCAAAGGUUUGACAAGAUUGCUAUGGACUUAUUGACUUCUUGGCAACGGAAGGGAUGUGUUACCGUUUUGGAAGAAACACUACAGUUAACUUUCGACGUUGUCACCGCGUUUAUUUGUGAUGACCCGCGUAUUUUUCAAACCAAAACGGGAGAUUUCAUGCACGAUGUAACCGUGGCUUCUAGAGGCUUGUUUAAGCUUCCCAUAAAUCUCCCGUUCACUGAUUACCAUCGAGCGCUUCAGGCUCGGAAACGUCUUCACUAUCACCUUGAUCGAUUGAUAAACGAGAGGAGGAUUUCCAAGAUCACGCAUGACGACCUCUUGCAUAAGCUCAUGAAUGACGAGGACCUCAACUCAACAAACCAGCAGAUUGAGGACAAUAUUGUUGGUUUGCUCUUUGCAGGGCAGCACACUACUCCUCUCACGCUCGAAGAACACCAGAAAAUUCUUCGAGAAAGAGAGCAACCUCACUUGACAUGGGAGGAUACAAGAAGAAUGCCAGUGACUAUGCGUGUUCUUCAGGAGACUCUAAGAUCUGCAACUGGAGGAAUGCUGGUCAGAGAGAUGAAACACACUGUCGAGUACAAUGGCUAUGUGUUUCCAAAGGGAUGGACGCUUCACAUUUUCCACACUGCCAUCCACCUGAACGAAGAUUAUUUCGCUGAUCCUUAUAAAUUUGACCCCUCCAGAUUCCUCGUUCCACAAAAACCGGGAACUCUCAUUGGAUUUGGAUGCGGUUUGCGAACUUGUCCUGGUGCCGAGCUUGCUAAACUGGAAAUCCUCGUUUUCUUUCACAGGCUAGUAACACAGUACAGCUGGAAGCCGAAAGCUCCAAACGGGGCAAUAAGAAACUGGCCACUGCGAAUCCCAGAAGACGGAUACGUUGUGGAAAUCAACCGCAAAUGA